UGUUCAAUUAAUAAUUUAAAAUUAAAUUAAUUAGUAACAGUUACAGUAUUCAGUCAAAAAUCUGGUACUAUAUCGGUACAGAUUAUCGACCAACCACGCGCACUCAUAUCGAACGGCCAUAAUGGAUUUGUCCUUCGCAGUAUUGACCGCAGAACGUCGAUAAGUUCGAUCGAAUUUUUUCGCACGCUUUCUGGAAGGUCGUUAAAAUUUGCUUCUUAGACGGCUAUUUACAUACAUCCUGGAUGCUAAAUGACUGAAAGAUCAUUCCAGUCACUGAUUAGUGGUAUUUCCCUGCAUGACGAAGCUGCACUCAAUAACAUUUCUCUAAAAGCUGCUCUUGACAGUCAAAAUUUUGAUCUAAAUGGGCAGAGUCAUGAGGAUGGAUUAUCUGUUCCUGGAAAAGGAGUAAACAUUGUUUCUAAGCCCAGGAUGCUUUCUUCUGGAAUACCUGCUAGUUCCGGUUGUGGGACACUAACUAUGGCUCCUGUUCCUAUAGGUGCUCUUGCUCCCGGUAAAAUUGGUCUCCCACUCAGUGAUUUAGAGAAUAUUCCUAUUUUUAACACUGGGGACUCCGGUCCUCUAGAACUACAAGCUUUGCAAGGUGGUGCACAAGCACUUCAAGGUGUUCAAACUGUCAAGCUGACGUUUAUCAACUGUGGAGAUCAACAAACUAUUCUUCUUACUACCCCUUCUACACAUUUCACUAUGCCUGAGCAAAGUUUAGAUGGCAUGACUCUCACCCUGCCUGAUAACUUAUUAGCUACCGAUCUUAAUUUUGCUGGGCUUACUUCAAUGCAGCUGGGUGAGAUGACUAGUGGCAACGAUAAGCCCAAUUCAUCGGAAGGCUCCAAGUCCACAAAUUACACAAAUAUGACUUCCCUCCCACCAAUAACCUCCGUGUCAGACAAGCUUUAUAGUCAAAUCGCCAACGAUAACGAAUCAAUUCAGCAAAGCCACAGUUACGCUAUUGAGGAUUUAAAACCGGUAAUGCAAAAAAACAAUGAAAAAAUACAUGAUGGGAAUUCUGCUUAUGCUCACACUAAUCAGUCUGGCAAUUUGAAUGCGUCGCCAGUUGUUGUUACAUCCCAAAAUACGUUUAAUCAAUCAGUGAAUGUUAAACCCGUAAAGCUAAUUGACCCAGGGAACGUAUCACCUAUUCCUCAAGUUGAUGGCAGUGAUCAGGAAGGUAAUGAUCAAAACCUGCCAGAUGAUAUGAGUGAACUCAACACUAAGGAUUUAGCCCAAAGAAUAAGCGCAGAGCUAAAGAGGUACAGCAUUCCACAAGCAGUGUUUGCACAACGAGUUCUGUGUCGAAGCCAAGGAACGCUUUCUGAUCUGCUUAGAAACCCAAAACCUUGGAGCAAGCUAAAGUCAGGACGUGAAACGUUUAGACGCAUGUGGAACUGGUUGAACGAACCUGAGUACCAGCGGAUGUCUGCCUUACGCCUUGCAACGUGUAAACGAAAAACAGAAGAAACUCAGAAAGCUCAAGAUGAACGCUCUUCAAAAAAACCUCGACUUGUUUUUACUGAUAUUCAAAGACGCACGUUACAUGCUAUUUUCAAAGAAACUAAGCGUCCUAGCAAAGAAAUGCAAGCCACCAUUGCGCAGCAAUUAAAUCUGGAAGUAUCUACGGUUGCUAAUUUCUUCAUGAAUGCUCGUCGCAGAUCUCUUGACAAGUGGGUAGAUGACAAAGAUGUACAACUAACUGCCUCAACGUCUUCCCCAGUUCAUAGUCUGGAAGGGUCUCCACCCAACCACAGUGCACGCAUGUCCACCCACAUGGGUGAUCAUUGUGUUGUACGGUCAGCACAUGAUGCAAUUACCACCCCACACCUUGCUGAAUCAAUGAAUGACUCAGUCCUUAAUCGAAUCCCUGGUUGUCAUUCAGCUAUUCCAACUUCUGUCGAGCUUUCAUCAUCCCCUGCACCGCCUAGUUUAACUCCGGAUCCAUCAUUAUCUAUGAACCAUUCUGACGUCCAUCUCAAUGCACCCUGUCUUGUUAGUGAAGAUGCUCGUAACACCUUGCUUUUAUCAUCUGGUGACUCAAAUGUAUUGCCAUCUCAGUUGCUGAGUCAUUUAGUUGUUGGCGGACAAAAUGCUAUGUUAGUCACUCAAAAUGUAAGCCCGAAUGGUGAUAAGAACAUAAUGCACUCCACUCCACUUUCCUCGUCAUGCAUUACGUCAUCUGGCCUUUCUACCAUAAAAUCAGCAUUGGAUUCUCUGUGUGACCCUCCAUCUCUUUCACCUCAUUCUCAUCUUCCUCCCGCUCCCGUUGAGUCUUUGCACAAUAUUCAUCCUAUCCCACGUUCGAUGGCGCACCGAUCAACAUCUGAUACGAUUUGUGCUGCAAACCACGUCUUGCCUUCUGCAUCUACGCUUAUAGGUCAUGAUAGACUUAUUGUUGAUUCUAUUGGUCAGUCCUCAUCUACAACAGUCCUAACUUCCUCACAUAAUUUGGCUGACACUUUAGUUCUACAUGCAAAGCAGGAAGAUUUAAGUUCCGGCUUAAUAAUCAAUGCUACAUUAAACUAACUUAUUUGUUUCUUAUUCAUAUAUCAUGUUUUCAUAAUAUGCCCAAGUGCUGUGUAUGUUUAUUACUACUAUAAGUUCACUUAUGUCAGCCUAUUAGUUCUGCGAUUGUGUGAUUAUGAACUAUCACUUUCUUUAAUUUCUGAUUAACAUUAUUUGUUAAGUUCGCUGAAAUGUUUAAUAUUUUCAAAAUGGGAAUUGUCCCCGUUCCCAGAAGGUGCAAUAUUUUCUUUUCACGGUCAUAGUAUUGAUCAUGACUUUUCAUUUUUUUCUUGAUAAGUGUACAGUUUUGUUUGGUAGUUUUCAUUGGUUUCUUUGUUUUUUUUCGCACAUAAUCGGGCUGAUUUUUCUUAAUUAAUGUGCUUUUUCAAAAACUUGAUUUUUCUUGUGGUUCAUCAACUGCCGUUCCACGAAUUGUGCUGCAUUUAUUGCGGAUGUGGCAAAUUCUCUAUCUAAAGACCAAGUCUCAUCACAUCUAGUAUAAGUAGUAUAAUAAGUCAGUUUCCAGGCAAUAUAUGCCUUGCUCGAUCGAUGCCAUAGGUCCCUUUAUCCAUUUGUGGUGUCGUCUUUGCCAAAUAAGUAAUGUUUCUAUGGACGAAACGCUUUUAGCUGCUUCUUCAAGGUUAUUAUUUACCAAUCGGUAUGUCCACUCAUUGACUUUUCAGUCCACUGUUCAUUACUUCGUAAUCUUUAUAAUGUGGUAAUCCCUACAUUCAUGUACAUUGAUUGUUUCUUGGUUCUGUUAUGUUUAUUGUAAGGUUUGAUUACCACAAAAUAUACUAACGGUCUGUCAAAUCUAUCUUUUUUGUGCACACUCGACUGAACUAUAGGCGUGGUUUCUUAUAAGGGUGAGGUCAUUUGAUGUACAUGAUACUUCCCCUCCCCAGGGAUUGUCUUCGCUUGUACAUGAGGUGGUGUUGCUCGACGUUACCCGCCCUUACUCUUGUACCCCGUGCGUUUUUGCUUGUUCGCUAGGCCAAAAGUCUUAUCAGGUCUGUUUCUAACUCACGGAUUUCGAAGUAGUCCUAGUUUGUGAGCUUAGGUUUGCUUAUCAAUGGUUUUACGCCUUCAAGGAUUUCCACUAAAACCACUAGAAUAAAUGUAUUUUGUCAAGUCUACAUCCACUGAGCUCGUUUGAAAAUAUCCUUGGAAACUUGUUGAGCACAGUUAACUCGCAACUGCUCAGGUCGUUCGUUUUCCGACAUGAUUACAUUCAUUUAUUAGCUGUUUAGCGUCCGUAAUUAUAUAUUCAGUUCUAAGCAUGUGUUAGCGAGCUAAAUAGAUUCCAACGUGAGAAAGAUGGCGGUGUGGACAGUAACUUUGUGUGAAGAUGUGGUUAGCACUUAGUCUAGAAAUGGCUAAACACGAGGUAUGUCCAUGAUGAGGCUUUUUCGGUGUUCCUAUCAAAUAUCUUUCGCUACAUCUACAUACUGAGUCAGGAAAUCGCUAUCUUAAUUAAGCUCCAGGCAUUCGUUCUUUAAGAUCGUGGACGAGUUUUUUUUUACGAUAUCUCCCCCUUUAUCCGGGCUUGGGACCGGUAGUAGCCCCCGGAGGGACUCCGGGCGGAGUUACAUUAGGGUCACACAGCGUAAUAAUUUCUAUUUGGUUCGAUUUUUGAAUGACUAUCCGUGUACUGACCAAGUAUGGACUGGAGUAUGAGCAUUUUGGUUCAUCCUUGCGUACUAUGUGCUGCGUCGUACGUCAGACCGUGGUGAAUCAUGUUUUGAAAGCUGGAAUUUUGUCAGUUUAUUUGUAUUUGGUGUUUCUUUGGAUUAAUAACUUCUAGUACUUUGUCAUUAUUCUUGGUAAUUUUAUCUAUGUUCUAGUAUUAUAUAGUAGCUUGAGUCAAUGCAUACAUGUACCACUCUCUAGAUUGAUUAUGAUUGACUGAUUAGUUAGACUUAUUAUAAAUAUUUUAGCACAAGGAUCGUUAAGUGAUACUUUAAGAAUUGUCUGGAUUAUCUACUUUAGUGUUAUUCAAUGGUACAGACUGAGUUAGAUCGCUAUUUCUCUGCAAAUUAAUUAAUUAUAUUUAAUGACGCUUUUUACCUAUUCGAUACAGAUAAUUAAAAUAGCCCAUAGUGUCAUUGAAUGGGAAAAAGAGAAUUCCCUUUCUCUUAAUCUAUUCAGUACACUUUUACCGCUUCUGUCUUGAUUCAUUAUAAGAGACUCAGUGGCCGCCGCUUCGUAAACUAAAUGUCGUAUUUCUCGCGUAACCUAUCGUUAUCAUAGACCACUACUGCAAUUCUUGACAAUUUUUACAUUUCUAAUAACGUCACGCAAAAUCAGCUUACAUUUCGAAAUCCUGGUUAUUGAGGUCAAACUCAGUAGUUCGAAAAGCUAUUAAGUCCAUUGCAAACCGCGUUGAUCUCUGACUUGUUUUUUAAAAUUGUCAUUUAUGCACCAAUAUUUGGUAUUAUAUACAAAACACCCGAUCAUCACAAUAUAAAUUGUUCGACUUAUACAUAUAUGUGAGUAGGUGAAAUUGUUUUCAAUCUUUAUGAUGACUUGUUUAAGAUUAACUAUUACCACACGAAUGAUCAACUGUUAAUAACCUUAUAUCAGAAAGGAUGUUAGCAGCUGAAGAGGAUUCACAAAUUAAGCGGAUUCUCAUUAAAUUUCCACUAUGGUUCUUGAUAUGUGUAUUAAGAGGAAGAGCUUUAAAUAGUACUUCUUGCUAAUAACUAGCAUUUACUCUAACCCUGUCCGUUGGAUCGACCUCUGUGGUGACCAAUACUGACAUAGUGUUUUGUCUGAGAUAGGAAAAUAAUUGUACUUCAUUACAACUAUUAUUAAAUUAUAUAAAUAAAACUUGAUGCUCAAUUUCUCUUUCGACUUUGUCAUUGGUUUUUAUGAACUCUUGAAAUCGUCCAUUGCUAAGAAGUAUCAAGUUUUGCGUUUAAGAAUAGCUCUUAUUACGUAUUGAAAUCAUCUAGGAAAAAUAGAAUCAUUGUAAAAAAUAAUUUACUUAUAAAGCUUAGUAGUCAGGCUUAUUUUAUCCUCAUAUGCUAUUGGUGAUUGAGUACUACAUAGUUAAACAUUGUGUCUAUGAUUGCAUAUAAUGAUAUACAAAGCAUGAAUAAACCGUACCGUAUGACAAAUUACUCAAAAAACUAUCCCUAUUUCGUUUUUCUCUCACCAUCUUUUUGUAAGAUGCAAAAGGUAUUUUUCUAAAUUCCACACACAGGAAUCAUAACACCAGCCUAUUGAAAACCAGCACAUAGUCUAACCAACUCCCUUGUUAACUUCAUUUGUAAUUUAUUUCCAUUUGACCAAAAUAAUUCUCUACUGUUCAAAGCGGUAAAAUAUAUUCAGGUAGUAAAAUAAUAGUAUAUUUGUGAAACUUUCAUCAUUACAAACAAUCCACCCAAUGCUUUAUUUAUUCGAAAUCAUCGAACAUCUGAAGGUGGAUUGAAUUAAGUUGGAGCUACAAAUUUCAUGGAAGGGCUAAUGAUACUACCCAGGCAUUUGAAUUGAAGUAGGUCAACGGGAGUUCGAACUUAUGACUUGGUCGAUUGCUUAAAUUCUAUUUCUCUAUUACGUAAUCUCUGAAAAAAUAUAGUAAAAUGAAUAGAAUACGUAGUUCCGAUAAUUCUCCCAUGUUUAAUGAAAUAAAUUACUAGUUAAUACCAUAUCUCCCCAAAGUAUUCAAUAUAGGCAUGGAUAAAAGUAUUUUAUAAUAUUCGUCUAGUCAAAUGUUUAAAUCCUUGAAAUAUGUGAAUAUUGGACAAUAGUGGUUUGGGAAAAGUUUUAUUUCUUCUGUUGUUUUUGUGCAGUAAAUGACCAUGAUUUCAUCUACUGAUUUACUACAACUUAUUUAUUUUUAUUGAGUUCUUCCUGUCUUCAGUAGUUCUUAUGACUGAAAUGUUGUGCUUCACAUGAAAUAAAAAUUCAUUAAUAAAGUUUUAGUUCCUUAACCACGCACUGUAAAAAAAUUGUAAUCUGUGCAACCUUUUACAUAAUCUAUGUCGGAAUGUUCUGCAAAUUUAAAGAUGUUUUUAGUUCCGUUGAAAAUUACUUAUGCUAUAGUUUCCAUCUAAUUUAUGUGGUUUACUAUAGUCGUAAAGUAAAAACUUUAGGGAAAAUACAUAAAUAGUCAAGUAGAUAUGUAAAUAAGAGAAAUAAAUUAUUGAAAUUAUUUAUUUAAAGAGACCGCUGGUUUCCUAUGACUUGUUACUAACUAGUCUGAAUAAUACAGCGCUAUUAGCCCACAAAAGCAGGUUUACUGAUUACGUUGUACAGAAAUAUUAGAGUUGUUAGUCUAUCAUAACGUAUAUAAGU